AUGAACCAAAAUGAUGCAAAUUUGGGCUUGUUAUCCAACAAAUCCAAAGCUAAAUAUAAAGAACCAAAAUAGAACAACGAGGAUUUUGAAAUUCAGGAUUAUGGAGAUGAAUAAGAAUAUGUCUCUUUUGAUGAUGCUAAGGUACAACAUGCCGAAGUUAUUCAACCAAAAUAAAUUGAAUAACCAAUUUCACCUCCUUAAAAUAACAUAUAAAGCAAGUCGGAUCUUUAAAAUAAUUAGAAUUAAUAAUAGGCUUAACAACAGAACUAAUUCCCAGCUCAAUCGUAAAUUCAGUACCCUUAGUUUUAAUAACAACAACAAGUUCCAAUCAACAUAUACCCAGUAUUUCGAAUUUACAUAAUAUAGAAUUAAUACAGUUAGUAUCAAUAUGCUCCAUAUCAAAAUUAAUAAUAUUCUUAGCCUUAGAACUAAAAUUAGAACCCUGUCUCUAAUGUAUUACAAUAAACAUCAAUGCUCAUUGAUAAGAGUAUCAAUCAAAGAAAAUAAACUUAUUCAACUUGCAUUCAUUGUAAAACUCCCUAGAUGAUAUAAGAUGAAAAAUAACCAUUUAUGUGCUUUAAAUGUUAAUAAGUAAAUAAGCCUAAUUUUGGUUAUUUUCAAUGUGGCUCCUGUAAAAUUACAGUCAUGUACCAAUGCGGAUUAUCCAAUUUGAUCAGAUGCACAAAAUGCCAGACUAUGAAUUAUGUUUAACAAUCUAACCUUCCAAAUACAUUAUAACAAUAUCAAUAAUAACAAUUAUAAUAGCAGAACUUGCCCUAAUAACAACAAUAGCAAAUUAAUAUUUCAAAUUCUUAAUCAUUCUAAUUCUAAAAUUAAUGCACAAAUUAAUAAAAUCUAUAUGAUUAUUCAUAAUACUAGCAGAUGAAUAAAGAAUCAAAAUCUGUUUGCAGAAACUAAGUUGAUCCAAUGUAUUAGGAAAAAUGA